CGGACUCCCGCGCCCGAACAUGGCCUCCUUCCCUGCGGAGCCCGCGGAACCUCCCGGCCGCGGCCCACCCGCGGGAGCGCCGGAGGCUGCCGGCGCCGAGGCGCGCAAACUUCUGCCAACUUCGGCGCCCGCCCCGUCCUCCCCGGCGCCGCCCGGCGGAGAGCCCGCCGCGGCUCCGGCGCCUGCCCCGCGCCCGCCGCGCUUCUCGGCCGAGCAGGUCUCGUGCGUGUGCGAAGCGCUGCUGCAGGCGGGCGACCCGGGCCGGCUGGGGCGCUUCCUGGGCUCGCUGCCGGCCGACGAGGCGCCCCGCCUGGAGGCGCAAGCGGGCGAGAGCCUGGCCAAGGCGCGGGCGCUGCUGGCCUUCCAGCGGGGCGACUUCGCCGAGCUGUACCGCCUGGUGCAGAGCCGGCCCUUCGGCGCGCCGCACCACCCCUUCCUGCAGGACCUCUACCUGCGCGCCCGCUACCGGGAGGCCGAGGCGGCGCGGGGCCGGGCGCUGGGCGCCGUCGACAAGUACCGCCUGCGCAAGAAGUUCCCGCUGCCCAACACCAUCUGGGACGGCGAGGAGACCGUCUACUGCUUCAAGCGCCGCUCGCGCGCCGCCCUGCGCGACUCCUACGGGCGCAGCCGCUACCCCAGCCCGGAGCAGAAGCGCCGCCUGGCCCGCGACACCGGCCUCUCGCUCACGCAGGUCAGCAACUGGUUCAAGAACCGGCGGCAGCGCGACCGCAGCGGCGGCGGCGGCGGCGGCACGCCCAGCAAGAGCGAAUCUGAUGGGAACCCCAGCACAGAGGAUGAGUCCAGCCACGGUCCUGAAGAACCCGAAGCAGCCGGGGGACUGCCCGCUGGCCACGAAGGAGUCGCAGCCCCCAGCAGCCUGUUCCUGCCCGCUGCCUGCUCCGGUGCCUCGUCCAUCCUCCUGAACGGGAACUUCAUCACUGCCAGCUCCCCGCCCACCGUGCUCCUGAACGGGGGCUCUGUGAUCCAGACUCCCGCCGGAGGGGUCAUCCUCAACGGGCUGACCCUAGGGGAGAACCAAACGGUCACCCUCAGCCCCGUGGCAGCGCCCAGCCCGCCCAUCCUCCUGAACGGCUCCACUGGCCUGCUGAGCCCGAAGGCCCCCGGCCGCCAGGAGAUUGGCAAAGCCCCCCAGGAGAGCCUCUCCCCAGCCACGAUCAUCCUCAGCCCGGCUGCUCUCCAGGGUGAGGUGAAGUCAGAAGCCGCUGACACGCUGGCGCUGGGCAUGGAGAUGAAGUCCGAGGAUGGCCAGGGGGCAGCCAUGCCACCCCUGCUCUCUCUCCCGGAUGCCUCUGUACUCCUCUCAGAGCGCAGGGGGGCAUUGUUGGCCACGGUGUCCCUGCCCCAGGUUGUUCCUUCAAAUGAAGAAAGCCCCCCAGCCCCCCAGGUGCCCCUAGCUCCUCAGCCAGCAGCCCCCCCCAGUCCUCAGAUUGUCCCCCUUGCUAAACUGAUCCCUGUUGGCCAAGCUCUGCCCACCUCCCAGGGAACAGGGGCAGUAGGCAGUGGGCAGGGGACGGCAGCGGCACCGUCUCCGACUGUCCCCGCCACGCCCUUGCUCUCGGUCCCUGUGUCCUCUGCAGCCCAGGCUACGGUCCUCCAUGUUCCUGCCCCCUCCCUUCUCCCUCUCACCCAGGUGUCGCCCCCUUCGCAGGUUGUCCCUCUGUCCCAGCCGGUCCCAGGAACCCAGCUGCUGUCCCCGCCUCAGAUGGUGCCUGUGUCCCCCACCCAGAUCUACACUGUCUCCCAUGGGGCUCCACCUCCUCAGCUUGUCUCCAUUCCUCAGGUGGCACAAGGCUCCCAGCUUAUCUCCCUGCCCCAAGUGGUGCCCACCUCUCAGGUGGUGACUCUGCAGCAGGGCGUGGGCAACCCCAUCCAAAUCCUGACCAGUGCUACGCCCAUCAAGGUGGGCCCCAUGGCUGGGACUCCACAAGGCACGGUGGCUGCUGGAGGCCUCGGCCAGAACAACAUCCACCUGCUCAAUGCCGGCGUAGGCGUCACAACGUUGCAGCUUCCAGGCACGGCCCCAGGUAACUUUCUCCUGGCCAGCCCAGCCACUGGCAAUAGCACCAUUGUCACUGGCAUGGCCGUACAGCAAGGCAAGCUCAUCCUCACAGCCGCCUUCCCAGCCGGCAUGCUGAUGACUCCUGUCCUCUCUGCUCCAGCAGCCUCAACCUUGACUCUCCCCAUCAAGCAGGAGGUUGCGGUGGCCACAUCAGCAGCUCUGGGGGGCCAUGAAGGCAACGGGGUGUUGCUUCCAGGGGUUCCCUCGGUAGCCUCCCCUCUUUCAACCUCUGACAGCGCCAGGCCAGCCAGCCUGGCUUUUGGAACAGACUCCAGUGAAGCCAGCCUCCUCUCCAGCUUCUCCCAGCCAGAGACCCUGACCGUGUCCCAACAGCAGGUGGUGUGGUCCAGCCCGGUCAGCAUGGAUCUUCAAGGGAACAGUUCUGAGGGGCUAUUUGAGAUGGAGAAGGGCUCCAUAGAGGAGCUCCAUCUCCCUGAGGGUGAGGGCCUUCUGCUGGAUGCUUCUGGAGAUGACGCCAUGGGUCCUGAAGCUCUGGACUCGGAUGAGAAAGUGCUGACCCAGCUGCAGUCUGUGCCAGUGGAAGAGCCGCUGGACUUGUAAGGCUUGGGCAGUUGGUGAUGUGUCACCUUGGGCAGUGUUCUCCUUCAGACUGAGAAUUCUUGGGCUCCUGAUCUUUCCCAGUGUAACUGUGAGUUUGGAAGUCCUCAAAGUGCCUCGAUAAGAGAAACGCUUCCCUUUUCAGGCCCCCUGUCCAUCGGGGCUGCAGUUCCAUCUGUGCACAGGGAUGGUAUAACACUACAGGGCAGGGGCAGUUCUCCCCUCUGCCCUCCAUGCUGACCAUGACAGACCACUGCUGGUGUAGCACACCUGGGCGCUGCCUUGUGGUUGCUGACAGAAUAGCAAACACUACUUCCUUCAUAGGCAAAGGAGGGCCCGUGAAGGUCAGGUGCUCCCCUUCAUAUCCUCUUUGAACUUCCUUUCGAGUAGAUUCUCCUCUGGCAUUUUCAAAGUCACAAUAGAACUUGGGAAGCUGGGAACGUCCCACUCGGUGCAAGGAGAACAUCUAGGAUAGAGUUGUAUUUCCUUUCCUCUCGCCCAUGGUGCUAGGGAUGGGGUCUGGCUACUGGUGUGAUCCCAAAUCCCACUUUGGAGGGGCAGGAAAAUUAUCCAGCUUCUCCCAGCUUUCAUUCUCAUUUUUUUCUGUGGUGUUGAAGACAGCUUUCCCUGUCCUCCUUCAGGAGGAUGGCCUCUGACGGUAUGGAGAUAAUGACGGGGAAGAAACCGAACGCAUCUGGAGCAUCCCGGGUUGGAGGAGGCUGUUUUGGGCCAUGAGCGUGCAAUCUUAGGGAGUUCAAAUAACACUGUUCUGAAAUAGUGCUAGUCCUCUGUGGCAGAAAGGGCAGCUGGAAUGUCUCUGAUCUCUAUGCCCGCAUGCCUUGUCUGUGGAACAGAUUUUGAGCGUUUUCAGUGAAGAUAGGAGAACUACAAAAAUGUUGGGCCAACCAUGACAGUCCUGUCGAUGGACAAUGCAAGACAUGGGAUUGGAUUCUGCACAGGUUGGUCCUCUAGUUAAAAGGUACAUAGAUUUUAGAUACAGAAUUAGCUUCUUAAGCCACAACGAAAUUUAGUUAACGCUGUAACAUCUCUAUAUUUGGGGGUUGGGAGCCAAAGGCAGCCAUCAACCAGUGCUACUUAGGCAUGGGGUGGAGGGAAUGGCCUGAAAGACAGAAAUAAUUGAGCAUUAUUGCAAAACUGAGUUCAUCCCCAAUGUUCCCAAAAUGUAUUGCUUCCCUUGUCGCAUGUCUAAAUCCUAAAGCCAGCAAUCUGAUUUUCUGUAAGGCAGAGAAAAAAAAUAUACAUAAAAUCCAUUUCUAAUAGAAAGGUCUUAAAAAACACAUUUCCCCAUAGUUUGCAACUCUCCUAUCUGUACAGUAUAUCUGAGCUUCUAUCAUGUGGAUCAAUGGAAAAAAGUACCAUUUUUUCACACUACAUUCUUAGGAUUUUUAGGAAAUCUUAAGAAGUUGAGGAACACGUGAGAAUGGAUUUUAAGUACUGAAGCUAUCCCAGUCAUAAAAUGAAUUUGGAGUUUACUAUAAAUUAAAGUUGCCAUAUAUGGAUGGGGACCGGGGGGGUGGGGAGUAAAGCCUUAAUGCAGUGUUUUUCAAAUUUGGCUACUUUAAGAUGUAUGGACUUCAACUCCCAGAAUUCCUCAGCCAGCCAUGCUUGGCCAAGUUCGAAAAACACUGCCCUAGUGCAAUAAUCUUGCAUCAAACAUAGUCAUAAUAGGCCAGCUUUUUACAUGUCCUCUAGAAAGAUGCUUUUUAAAAAGAAAGUGCCCACAUUCCUCACAAGCAAAAAUACGUUGUUCUAAACUGGAGACGUUUAUUUUUUUGCAGAGCAAAAUUGCAGAUUGAAAUCCUGGUUUUUCCAGCUAAAGCUGAGAAAUAUUCUUGAGGGAAUCCUGGAGAGCUGCCUUUAGUCAGUGUGGACAGAACUAAACUAGGUAAGAUGGCCCAGAGGUCUACGACGUAAGGCAGCUUCCUUGCACUUUACUUCUUGGUAGGGAUGAGCAAAUGCCAGUUUUGUUUUCAUCUGAUUCUUACUUUAUUGACUGAAGGUUCUACUCGGUUGUUUUAGCAUCAAUACAGCGCAUGUAUUGGGGGGGGGGGCAAAAAGGUCAAGACGAUGGCCGCAACUGUGUAAUGAAAGCCCCGCCCCUUUCACAUGCAGAAUAGUUGAUGCGUGUUUCCAAUUUCUGUACCCACUUCUGAAGUGUAUAUUCUUGCAAGCAGUCUUCCCAUUGUGAAAUACGUGUUACGCAUACUUUCUCUCCAGUAGACAGAAGGUGUUUUUUUUCCCCAGCUACAUAUUUUUGCACAUGCCUUUGGAAUUCCAAACGGCAUUACAGUAGUUUGAAGUGUACAUUUUACACGCAUGUCCAUUCCAAGUUCUGACACAGACAGGUCUGAUAUUUUUAAAUAAUACAAUGGGGUACCUUUCUCCAUUAUCCCUCACGCUAAAAAAAAAAAAAAAUGCAGUUAGUUCCAGUCCUCCAGGGCAGAAACUUGUAGCUCAAGUGAUUUUUUUUUCCUUUAAAAAAAAUCACCCUCUUUCUGAACCACUUGCUGUCUAUGAAGGCUUUGAACUGAAAAACCAUUGUUGGAUGGAAUUACCAGUUGAGAUACAUUUAAUGGUAAAGUGGGAAACUUCACAAUUCUCUGUACGAGAUCAAUUCCAUCAGUACGGCAAAGUGAUCAUCUAAUUGUUCUAUUCCAACACUACCUUUUCCUCAGCGUGUCCAAAUAAAGCAUUGUGAUUUCUCUAAAUAUGCCCUCCCUCCGGUCAGGUACUACAGAAUCACAUCUUUUCCCACAGUUUGUGAGAAGCAAUCAUUUCUAUAAGAUAUUUUUAUAUCUCUCCUUUGUUGUUUUUAUGUCUAUUUGUGUCUUUUAUAUAUAUUUUAUAUAUAUAUAUAUAUAAAUAUAUAUUUUAUCCUAAA